AUGGGAAGGGGUGACUUUGCCCUGCUCCUCACCCUGGCCAUGGUGGCAUGUGUCACCCCCGAGGAGAAGAAGUGCCAGCUCAGCGGGCUGUGGAGGAACGAGCAGGACUCGCUGAUGGAGAUUUCAGCAGUGAGCGACGAUGGGGACUUCCAGGGGACGUACCUCACGAGGGUCACCCUCACUGGUGGCUGUGCCCAGGCCUCCCCCCUGAAAGGUGCCCAGCAGCAGCCCGGUGAGGGGGGCUGGCCCACCUUCGCCUUCACCGUGCGCUGGCAUAAGUUCUCCAACGCCAGCACUGCCUUCGUGGGGCAGUGCUUCGUGGACACAGGUGGAAAGGAGACACUGGCCACCACGUGGCUGCUGCGCGAAGCUGUCGGGUCCCUCAAGGAGGACUGGGAAGCCACGAGGAUAGGCAGAAACGUCUUCACGCGCAAACGCGGCCGGAAAGGAAAGAUCCUGCAGAGUUUGUCCCCAUCCUGUGAGGAUGUGUCUUUGCUUGCCCCAUGA